AGACGAAAUUGAGGACAACAAAGAAAAUCAGAUGAGCAAGAGCAACAAUUUGGGAACUCUUGUUCCCAAAUCUAAAACCGACGAUCAAGAACCUGAGGUUGAUGCGAAGGAAGACGAAAUGGGGAUUUUGAUAGAAGAGGAGGAAGAUGACGAGGAUGAUAACGAUGAUUCGAGUGAUGGUGAGGAUGAUGAAUCAGAUGCUGAGAGCGAUUUGUCUGAUGAUCCGUUGGCUGAGGUUGAUUCAGAUAAUGGAGACUUCAUCUCCGUCGGUGAGAGGAGAAAGUGCAGAGGAAAUUCAUUUUUUUUUUUUUGUAUGACCAUUCGAUAUCCAGAAGCUCAUCCGGUAUCCAGAAGCUCAUCCGAUAUCCAGAAGCUCAUUGGGUCACUGACUAAUCCGGAUUCGAGCUGGGCUGGACCCAAUGGGUGGCAAAGCUCUCCCUCAUGAGUUUUAACGGAGCUGCAUUCCCAGACUUGAAUUCAAGACCUCUGGUUAAGCUGGAAGAGUCCCAGCCAACUUAUCCACCCGCUCAUGGGUAGAGGAAAUUCAUUUUGAAAUUGAAAUUCAUGGGUUUGAAUAUGAAAUUGAAACACACAUAUUUUAUCCUCUUGAAUUAUUGGGGUAAAAUGUAUGUAUUUUACUUAAAUUUAAUUACUUUUUAUUUAUGUAAAAAUAAACAGUAAUAUUAAAU